GGCCAAGUGCCCUGCCCCCGAGAGCUCCUUGAUCAUGGCGACCACCAAGACCGUGCUGUCCUUCGAGGGUGAGCGCGAGCUCGUGACGGAGGUGCGCGCCCACGAGUUGGUGCAGACAUACGCGAAUUCAGAGGCGCAACCGCCAGCCUUCACGCACAUCACGCUGCGCAACAAGAGCUACACCAUCGAAGCUGCUCAUGUGAUUGCUGCAUUCUUCUCGCGUCUGGAGGCACGCGGCGCUUUCGCUCAGCUCACGAGCGUGGACUUUGCGGAUAUGAUUGCUGGCCGCCCUGAAGACGAGGCGCUGCAGGUGUUGGCCACGCUCUGCGACGCGCUGAGCGCCAUCAAGUCGCUGACGCGCAUCGAUCUGAGCGACAACGCUCUAGGCGAGAAGGGAGUGCGUGCCUGCUUCGGUCUGUUGCAGAACCAGGAGAAGCUGCAGCACAUGUACUUCUGCAACAACGGUAUCUCGGCUGCGGCUGCAGGCGUCAUUGCCGAGGAGGUACUGCUGUUCCGCGGUCAGGACACCCCCACCAAGCUCGAGACCUUCCACUUCUACAACAACAUGAGCGGCGACGGCGGCGCCAUUGCAUUGGCCAAGUUGUUGCCACUGUCGCCGGCGCUCAAGGACCUGAGAUUCUCAGCCACGCGUGCCCAGAGGGAGGGAAGUCUGACGUUUGCGAAGGCUCUGGCUUCGCUCACGAAGCUCGAGAAACUCGACCUGAGUGACAACACCUUUAAGGCCCAGGGAGGCGAGGCUAUUGCUGCUGCAGUCAAGAACAUGCCCAACUUGCACAUCGCCGCAAAAAUUUCCAGCGUUGAAGCGCAGCCCGUACGAAUUCGCCACUACGCUCUCCGUUGA